AUGGGAAAUUUUACUCAACACGAAUCUCUAGAUCUCGCCGGGGCUGUCAUUCUGCGAAUUCAUCUAGACUUUGGUAACCAUCUCGAUAUAUCUAGAGACUACGAUACCACAGCCACCAUGUCAACCGCUUUUGUUAGACGCACCACCAAGAUUUUGAUCUUGAACCCCAACUCCUCUGCAUCCAUGACCCAUGGGGUUGAGGAGGCCAUUCGGGGUAUAAAUCUACCUUUGUCGACCGAGAUUUACACCUACACAGCACCACCAGCAUCUCCAGCAUCCAUCAACGACGGUGAUGACGUGCAGCAGAGCGCAGACGUUGUUCUGCGCAACCUCCAAGAGACGGGCAUCCUCAAGGAAUAUGAUGCCGUACUGGUUGCUUGCUAUUCCGUGCACCCUCUGGUCCAUCUCAUCCAGGAAAACUGGCCCCAUCUUGCUGUGACGGGCAUUUUUGAAGCGAGCAUCGUAACGUCGCUGUCACUGCUGCCCUACCAAGACAAUUGGGGCAUCGUCACGACCGGGAAGUUCUGGCAGAAGCACCUGUCUGACGGCGUGCACCACUUCGUUGGAAGUGAAAACAGCAACAGCAGAUUUGCCGGUGUCGAGACCACUGGUCUGAAUGCUGGGGAUUUCCACGGUGGCGUUGACCCUGUCGUGGUUCGACAAAAGCUAUGCGAAGCUACGAAGAGACUGCUGGACCGUGGCGUGCAGGCUGUAAUCAUGGGUUGCGCGGGAAUGGCUGGUCUGGAGGACAUCAUCAGGUCAGUUGCCACUGAAGGGCGUGGUGAAGAGGCUGGAAAGAAGUUGCUUGUCAUCGAUGGUGUCAAGGCUGGGGUUGGCUUGCUUGAACAAAUGGUCCGCAACAAGCGCAUGUUCCAAAGAUCGUAA